CUGUUCUACAUGAACAAACACGCCAGUACCCACACUAUAAAACAAGCCCUAUCCUCCACAGGCUCCUCGUCACCUAUCCUAAUACCUACUCCCACAUCGCUCGACUCAACAGGCACCGCACUAAUGGAGGAAUCUGGGGAAACAUCCAAAACUGCCACGUCCACGGACAAGCAGGACGGCUUGCAAUCUACUCUGCCUACCCCGACUCCAGAUAAAGAGGACAACCAAUCUGGCCUUGCUGACGCAACGACGAAGCCAAAGAUCAACGGCAAAACUGUGGGCAGAAACAAAGUAAAGGAGGAGGGCAAGCUCAUGUCUCGUAAGAACGAGAAACGAAAGAAGAAGAAGAAAGCAGUAAAGGAGGAAUUGUCGUCUUCUGCGAGUAGCAGCGAUUCUAGUGAUGAUGACACUUCGAGUGAUGAUGAGAGCAGCGAAGACGAGCGUCAAAAGCGCAACAGGAAGAAGAAGCUUGCGCGGAAAGCUGCCCAGAAAAAGAAAGCCGCCAAACUGAAGGCACAAAAGAAGAAAGCAAAGAAGAGCAAACGAGACCUAUCAAGCGAUGAUUCCGAUGCGUCGACUGAAAGCGACUCUGACUCCGAAUCGGAUUCCUCGGAGGAGGAUGAGAAGAAGAAGCGCAAGAAGGUCAAAGCCAAGGCGAAGAAAAAGAAGCAUAGCAAGAAGUACCAAAGUUCCAGUGAUGAUUCCAGCUCUUCGUCGUCCAGCUCGUCGUCUUCAGAGAGUGACUCAUCCGAAGAUGAAAAGGUCAAGCGUAAACGGAGCAAAAAGAAGGGCAAGAAAUCCAAGGCCAUCGAUUCCGAUUCAUCCGUCGAAACCGAGGACGAACCUGAUCAACAGGUUGUACCAUCACGGCUCACCGCAGCCGAUAUAAAGGAGUAUCAAAUACGACGAGAUCAACUCGCCGCCGCCGCAGCGGCUGCUACGCUUAAUCCGCAGACUGAUGCCACUGACAAGGCCGAAAAGACAGUGUCCGGCAAAAAACGCAAGAAGAACGGCCUCGUUUUCAAACGCGUCGAUCAGGUAUGGGAUAUGAAGAUUCGUGAUUACAAGUAUAUGGAAAGUGCGGCAGAACAGAAAGAUGAGUUCGAUAGCGUGUUCACCGUGCGGAGAAAAUUUGGUUGGGAUAACAAGUAUCUUGAAACGAAAGUCGACAUUAAGAGCAAGCUGCUACGGGAUGCCCUUCAAGUUGUGUUCAAGGACUGCAAAAGUAUCAGUUUAGUGGAGGAUUCUCCGAGCAUUCAACCAAGCAUGCUAUACCAUUUCUACAGGGAAAUCAAGACGCACACUAGAAAGACCCUAAAAUCGAAACUCCGCUCAGCGAAGAAAAGAAAGGAUAGGAAACAGCUCACGCAGCAGAUAGCUCAGUGCAAGCUUCUCCUUCGCUACAUCGACGAAGAUUAUAAAGAAACCCGCAAGACACUAAAACCCAUGCUCAAAGCGGGGACCAUUACUUACAAUCUCAUCUGGGCGCUCUUUAAACCAAACACUAUCAUCUACACGCCCACGUACGGGAACAAGGAUGACCCGCGGUGCUUCAAGGUAGAUUAUUGCUACGAGGAAGAGGAUUGGUUUGGAAACAAGAAGUGGAAUAUUGAGGGCCGCUACUUGGAAUACGACGGCAAGGUGUUUGGGCUGGGCGAUCACUUCGUGCAGAUUCUCUUCUUUAAGGGGCCUCGGAGGAUUUCGAAUGUGGGCGCCUACCCACUGUCUUACCACAAAAACCCAGAGGCGCUCCGCGAACAGCUUGUUGAGCGAGGCAAGAAGUUCGUCUCGCUGCAAGGCAUGAACUACCGUUUCCAGAAGGGACUUGCUUACAGGAAGGUCAAGCGCGUAGUGAUGAAGUUUAACAUCAACGGCCGCGUCAUGGUUGAUCCAGCGUUAUUUCGCCGCAUAGAGUCAAACUAUCCACUCUCUUACAUCCGAGCUGACGAAUUGGACAACGAAGAUGAGGACGACGACUCCGACUCGGGCGGGGGGUGCGGCUGUGGGUCGGGAUCCGACAGUGAGGAGGAACAAGAAGAGGCGGACGAUGAAGAUGGCGACAACGAUCCCAGUUCCAAGAUCAAGAAACCAAAAGGCCGCGUUGUAAUGUGGAAAGACAAAAACGGAAAAAGAUAUCUCAUCCGCGUUUCCUCCUCCACUCCAGGCCCAGACAUAACCUCUCAAUCCCUGGACGUAGUCCACGAUCCGGAGUCCGACGCCUCAAACAACCACAUCUUCACCGAAGAAGAACUCCUCAUCGCCUCACCCGUCGUCCUAGGCUUCUCCUUCUCGGAAAAAGCGUGGGUCGAAUUCUCCCUCGCGGGCCUCGAAGAAAUCCAAUGGAACAACGAAGCCUUCGACACGCUCGUGCUCGCACCCCAAAUCAAGCAAAACCUAAAGGGCCUAGUAUCCUCGCACCGCUUCGACGCCGCGCGCACCAUCGACGACGUCAUCGUCGGCAAAGGCAAAGGCCUCAACGUCGUCCUCCACGGUCCCCCAGGCGUCGGGAAAACCCUCACAGGCGAAUCAAUAGCAGAGUACCUCCGCUGUCCCCUGUACGCCGUGUCGUCGGGCGAACUGGGGACCUCGGCGCCGCAGCUCGAGCGCGACCUCAACCGCAUCAUGGACAUCACGCACGCGUGGGGCGCGAUCCUGCUCCUCGACGAAGCAGACGUCUUCCUCGAAGCCCGCCAACCCCACGACAUCCACCGCAACGCCCUCGUCAGCGUCUUCCUGCGUCUCACAGAGUACUACCAGGGCAUCCUGUUUCUAACCACGAAUCGUGUCGCGACGUUUGACGAGGCGUUCCAGAGCCGCAUCCACAUGGGCAUCCGCUAUGAGAAUCUCGGCAUGAAGGCUAGGAAGAAGAUCUGGAUGCAUCAUGUUGGGAAGGUCAUUGCCAUGUCUUCCACUCCUUCCUCUUCUUCCUUGUCCAACGGCGAUGCGAAUGCGGGCGAGGGCGAUACGUCUUCGGAGACGACCACCACCGAGGACACGGAUACACGCAAGUGCAAGAAAUUCGACGACGCCGACUACGACGAGUUGAGCAAGAAGGUUAUGAAUGGUCGACAGAUCAAAAACGCAGUCAAAACCUCUCAAGCCAUCGCCGUCGCCGAAAAACGCGCGUUCGGCAUGGAGUACGUCAAGCGCGUCAUGGAUGCGCACGAGGCGUUUGAAGAGGAUAUGAAGGGCGGCCACGGGUAUAGGGAUGCUAUGAGGUCGUAUACUUGA